ACUUGUUACAGUAUGUAGAACAAGAGAAUCAUCUGUUUGCUGCCCGGAAAGCCUUUGAUGCCUUUCUUGCACAUUAUCCUUAUUGUUAUGGCUACUGGAAGAAAUAUGCAGACUUGGAAAAAAAGAACAAUAACAUAUUGGAAGCGGAUGAGGUAAGUUAGUAUGGUUUUGACUGGUGAAAAUCAAUAUGGCCAUCGUAAGGCCACUUCCAACCCCCAUGUAAGGUCAUAGGAGUAAUCUAUUGAAGACAUUUGUCACUUCUGUGACAUUUCUAGCUAAUAAUCUCCUUUCUUUGUUGACAGGUUCGUUAAUCUUCCACAGUUUGUCAAGCUUUGCAGUGCAAGUUUCUGUUUGUACACUGCAGCUUAACAAGUAGGGCAGGGUUUUAAUGUUGCUUAUUUUGAUUUACCCCCAUCCAAUGGCAGUUUUAUUUUGCUAGUCAAUUUUUCUACAUGUUAUUGAUUGAAUUUUUGGUCAGACGCUGUGAAUGAGUUUCUAAUGGGUCUGUGCCCUAUGGUCUGUACCCCCAAAGCCAGCACUCAGCUCCUGCUAGGAAUACAGCUGCGCCUUGAAGAUCAAGACACUCAGCAAGUGGAGCUCAGAACAUAUGCCAUGUUCUAUCCAACUCCAAUGGUAUAUAGAAGGGGCAUUCAAGCUAUUACAUUAAGUGUUGAUCUUUGGAUGCAUUAUCUUAAUUUCUUGAAAGAAACUUUAGAUCCUGCAGACGCAGAGACAAGUCUUACAUUAAGAGGAACUUUUGAGCAUGCAGUUGUUUCAGCAGGGCUAGACUUCAGAUCUGACAAGCUAUGGGAAAUGUAUAUUAAUUGGGAAACCGAACAGGGAAACUUGAGUGGUGUCACAUCGAUUUACAGCCGGCUUCUUGGGAUUCCUACCCAGUUCUACAGUCUUCAUUUUCAGCGGUUUAAAGAACAUAUUCAGGGACAUUUGCCUAGAGAAUUUUUAACAUCUGAAAAAUUUAUCGAGCUUAGAAAGGAGCUUGCUUCUAUGACUCUGCAUGGUGGAACAAAUGAUGAUAUUCCUUCUGGGCUUGAGGAGAUAAAAGACCCUGCAAAGCGUACUACAGAAGUCGAGAACAUGCGUCAUCGUAUAAUUGAAGUUCAUCAGGAGAUUUUUAAUCUUAAUGAACAUGAAGUCAGCAAGAUAUGGAACUUUGAAGAAGAAAUAAAAAGACCUUACUUUCAUGUUAAGCCUCUGGAGAAAGCACAACUUAAUAAUUGGAAAGAAUAUUUGGAAUUUGAGCUAGAGAAUGGGUCAAACGAACGCAUUGUUAUUCUUUUCGAAAGAUGUGUCAUUGCUUGUGCCUGCUAUGAGGAGUUUUGGAUCAAGUAUGCCAAGUAUAUGGAGAAUCACAGUGUGGAGGGGGUGAGACAUGUUUACAAUAGAGCAUGUCAUGUGCAUCUGGCAAAGAAACCUAUGGUUCAUUUACUGUGGGCUGCAUUUGAAGAGCAACAAGGUAACCUAGAGGAAUCGAGGCGGAUACUAAAAAAUAUAGAAACCGCUAUAGAGGGCCUGGCAAUGGUUCGUUUACGAAGGGUAAACUUAGAACGAAGACAUGGAAAUGUAAAAGAAGCAGAAAAUUUAUUGGAAGAAGCCAUGAACAAAACAAAAACUAGCAGUGAAUCUUCCUUCUAUGCUAUUAAGCUUGCCCGGCACCUUUUCAAAGUGCAAGCUAAUGUUGUGAAAGCAAGGAAAGUUUUGUCUAAUGCCAUACAGAAAGACAAAGAAAAUACUAAGUUGUACCUCAAUUUGCUGGAAAUUGAAUAUAACUGUGAUAUCAAGCAGAAUGAAGAGAAUAUUUUAGCAGCUUUUGACAAAGCAAUAAAAAGUCCAAUGUCUAUAGCAAUGAGAGUUAAAUUCUCACAAAGAAAAGUUGAAUUCUUAGAAGAUUUUGGUUCUGAUGUUAACAAGUUGUUGGAUACAUAUAAUGAGCAUCAGAAGCUUCUUAAACAUCAAGAUAUUGUGAAGAGAAAAGCUGAAAAUGGGUUGGAGCAGCCAGAAGCAAAGCGAUUGCAUGCAGAAGAAGUGAGCACAGCAGCUUCAGUUCCAGUUACCACUGCAAGCAUGGAUGCAACUCAGUCAGGAUAUAACUAUGGGAGCUGGUAUCAGUACAACUAUCCAGCCAACUGGAAUUUUGGACAGUACUACAAUACUCCAUCAACCUGAAGACAAAACCAGCAUUAUGAAAAUUCUAUGAACCAUCGAGUUGUAAAAUGUAUAGUUUAUUUCUUCCAAAUUGGGAGAACUAGGGCACUGGGUACCAUCACUGCUGCUGUACACUUAGUGAGCACAGUAAACAUUUUUUUCAUGUGUCACAUUUUUUCCUGGAAUCCAUGGAAUAUAUAUGUACUUUUGCCAUUUUUUUUGUGUUGGGGUUAAAAUGUCUGCCUAUGGGAAAGUUAUUACUCGGUAUCUGUUCAAAAAUGUUUUCUAAUAUUUUAAGUGAUCUUUCAUAGAGAUUUGGAUAAAGAGUUGUUGAAAAUCUCUUUACGAGUCUGUGUAUAAGAAGGAGAGUGCACAUUUCUAUCAUAAGGGAUUCUGCUUAACUUUACUUUUAGUAGAUGUUAGAAUAGGCAAAAUAACUUGAAAAGUAAAAUCGGUAUUGAACUUUAUAUUUCCUUUUGGAAGCAUUGUGAUUUUAGAAUUGAUGUGGCUUGCAUUCAACUCUGUGUACUGUUUUCUCAUUCUCUUCAACAGUUGUUGGUUUAUUAAUAAAGAUUUGCCCAACCUA